UCCAUCUCGCGAACGAAGCGCUACAAUCGCUCCCACGCCGGCGGAACCUCUUACGCGCCCCAGAAUGACUUUCCCGUAUUUGCGAGCAGCGGCGACGUCGAGAUCAUAAUCACCGCCCGAGAAACCGCACCCGGCGCCGCGCCCGUUCAGAAUCGCUACCUUCUUCAUCGCCAUACCUUGACGCGCUCCAGCGGUUUCUUUGAGGCCAGCACUUCGAACGAGUGGUCCCGCGCCCGAGCUCUGCCUGCUGGCAACGAGCUGUCCCGCAUCGGCGAGGACGGCAGUAGCCUCAAUGGUAGCGACGAUGGCACCUCGUCGUCCCUGCUGGGAGGUGCGACGCCGCCCAGGAAGAGAUGGAGAUAUGAGCUGGACCGAGGCUCAGGUCCCAAUGACAUACCCAUGCUGGUUCAGAGAGACGAACGAGAAGAAUCCAAUCAGUCCAUCUUUGGACCUGCCUCGGCACCACCCACAGUCAACUCUCGAGAGUCACGAUCUUCGCUCGCCCGCACAAAGCUCUCACAUUCGCACUCUCGAUCGCUUUCCAACUCGACAACCGCGAAUGGCUUCUUCCGCUCCGUCGCCAACCUCAGCCUAUCCUCAAACCAACCUCCAGCCCCCACGCUCUCCCAGGCCGAUGAGGACCUCCUCCGCGACUACGACAACCUUUUCCGGAUCUUCUACAACUACCCGCCCAACCUAGACGGGGUCAACGUCGCAGAUGCAUAUGUGCAAUGCAAGAGCCUCCUCAACCUUGCGGACCAGUACGACGCCCUGGCAGUGGUGGGACCGCGGGUCGACCACCACAUGCUCCAGUUCCAGUCCCGUCUGUGGAAGCAAAUCGCCAAAUACCCCAUCUCCUACCUGCGGCUGGGGUUCCUAGCGCGAAGCAGGGUCAUCUUCCAGGAGGCGCUGAUCCACGUCGUCGGGCAGUGGCCCAUGGGAGAGCGCAGCCUGCGGGCAGCCCUGCCCGACAUGGUGCUGGACAUAAUCGAGGACAAGGUGGAGGAGCUCGAGGAGACGGUAGGCCGGGUCGAGGGGCGUCUCUUCCGGAUCGGGCUCACCAACAGCCGCGGCGAACGUGUCGGCCCAAGCAACAAUUAUCUAGACUGGCUGGCCGUGAGCCUGUUCCGCCAAUGGGUGGCUGACAACACCUCUCCGCAGCCGCAGCAGCAGCAGCAGCCGCAGCCCGAUCAACGCCGGCGGACAGCAGCCGCAGCACCUCCAACGUCUCGCGAUGGAGGCCGCAGCGUCGCCACUCUUCCCCCUGCCGCCCCGCCUCUGACUUCUGUCGGUCGCGCAUACCGCACCCUUGGCUCGAAUAAUCCCGCGGCCUUUCUCGGGCAUGAUGAGUGCAAGAGGUUUCUCAAGUUGACACCGGAGCUGUACAGCCGAGAGAACCUCCGUCGGUUCGAGAAGAGGCUCGACGAGCUCAAGGCCAUGGCUCGAGAAGUCGUCCGACCUCUGAUGGGGAGCAACCUCGAGCUCGACAUGGGCGGAACCUCAAGGACCCCCGACAGCAUCACGUAUCUAACCUGCACUAACGUCGGGACGAGAGACUUGCCCUGG